CGGCGGUGAGCGAGCCAUGGAGGACUUGGAAAAUAAUACCACUGUCUUCUCCACCCUGAGAUCCCUCAACAACUUCAUUUCACAGCGUAUGGAGUCUGGGCUGGCUACACCAGGAUCAUCUCAAAGCUCCUUACAGUUGCAGUACCAGCAGAGGAUGCAGCUGGAGGAACAAGCUGGGCAGAUCCACUCCAAGUCCCAGCUGCUGCAGGUGGAACGGGAGAAGAUGCAGAUGGAGCUGAGCCACAAACGAGCUCGCAUUGAGCUGGAGAAGGCAGCCAACACCAACGCCAGGAACUAUGAGCGAGAGGCCGACCGAAACCAGGAGCUGCUCACACGCAUAAAGCAGUACCAGGAAAGAGAAAUAGAGGCUGAAAAUAAACUGAAAGAACAAAUGGAGAUGAACAAAUCUUACAAGAAGAGCAUGGAGGCAAUGAGUAAGAAGAUGCAAGAAAAGGAGAGCAAAUUAGCUGAAGCUAAUGAAACAAUCACUGUAUUAAAAGGAAAAAUAUCAGAGCUGCAAUGGAAUAUAAUGAACCAAGAGAUGCAGAUGACAAGCCAAGAUUCUCAGAAGCAGGAACUGAUGGAGCAGCUGGAUAUUGAAAAAAAGAAAUGGCAGGAGGCAAGUCAGCAAAUCCAGACACUCCAAGCAAGCCAGUCCUUACUGGUAGAAUAUGAACAGAAGAUUAAGGAUCUGGAGCAGAAGUUGUCCCAGCAGGAACAUGAUGCUCUGAUUGUCAAGAACAUGAAGGCAGAACUGGCUCGUUUCCCAAAAAUGGAGCGAGAAUUGCGCCAGCUCAGGGAGGAAAAUGCCUACUUCAGGGAAAUGAAGGAAAACAAUGGUUUGCUUAAGGAGGAAGUGGAAGGUCUCCAAAGAAAACUGGAACGCUAUGAGAAAGUCCAAGCACAGCUAGUGACUGUGGAAUUGGAAAAUGAGAAACUUCUGGGAAAAUUGCAAAGCUGGGAGAAACUGGACCAGAGCACUGGCUUAAAUAUCAGGACACCUGAUGAUCUCUCGAGACAGAUUGUGGCCCUGCAGCAGCGGGAGCUUGCCCUGAAAGAGCAGAAUUCCACCUUCAUGAACAGUGCCCGGAUGCUGGAGAAGGCCCGGCAGCAGCUGCAGGAGGAAAUCCUGUGUGUUCAGAGCCAGCUCUUGGACGAGAAGAAGAAACGAGAGCACCAGGAAGCGCUGGUCAGGCGGCUGCAGAAACGUGUGGUGCUCCUCACCAAGGAGCGUGACGGCAUGCGGGCCAUCCUGGAGUCGUACGACAGCGAGCUGACCCCGGCCGAGCACUCUCCGCAGCUGAGCCGCCGCAUGCGCGAGGCCGAGGACAUGGUGCAGAAGCUGCACGCUCACAACACCGAGCUGGAGGCUCAGCUGUCUCAGGUUCUGGAAGAAGUGGGAAACCACAAGCAAAGAGCAGAGAUGCUGGAGGUGGAGAUGAAGGUCCUGAAGUCUCAGCAGUGCACGGCUGAGCAGAGCACUGUCGUCACCAAGGAGGAGGUGGACACGCUCAGGUUGAAAAUCGAGGAGCUGGAAGCUGAUCGCAGCAAGCUGGCAGAGGAGAACAGAUCUCUGGAAAUGAAGCUGGAGAAGUUCACUCUGCAGGGUGACUACGACCCCAGCAGGACCAAGGUUGUCCAUUUCAGCCUGAACCCGAUGAGUUUGGCCAAGCAGCAGCGCAAGGAGGAGCAGCAGCAGCUGCAGGAGGAGUGCGAGAGGCUGCGGGAGCUCGUCAGGGUGCUCAAAGGAGGCGGCUCCGUCUCGGGCAGUCUGGAAGGAGUUGGGGGUUUUCAGUCCCCACAAGAAGUUGCAGAGCUGAAGAAGCAAGUGGAAAGUGCAGAACUGAAAAACCAGCGCCUGAAAGAAGUUUUCCAGACCAAGAUCCAGGAGUUCCGCAAGGUGUGCUACACACUCACGGGCUACCAGAUCGACAUCACCACCGAGAACCAGUACAGGCUCAGCUCCAUCUAUGCCGAGCACCAGGGGGACUGCCUGCUUUUCAAGGUAGGUCUGUGCACCCCUGGCUGCACCUGCUUCUUUGGGUUCAUGGUUUUCAACGUGCCACGGUGUAUUUGUUCUUUCUCAGUGAUUAGACUGGAAAAUCACUGCCCCCUGCUACGUGGCAGUGUUCCUCGUGAGGGAAGUAAAGAUCCUUUCUUCUGUGAAAAAGUAGGAGGUUUGACAUCUGGUCCCCCACUUAUAUAUCAAAGUCUGGAGUAAAGAGAGGAGACUUUCUAUGCAUAAUACCUCAGGCAUCUGGCUUGGCACUUCACCUUUUUAUAUUAUCAGUUAUAUGCCGCAGUAAUAAAACCUUAUGUAACCAUCAAGGUUCAUCAUUACUCCACUAUGAGAUAUAUGUCCCUAUGUUUUUUUUUUACCAUCCUCCAGCUUGUCUGCAUGUCAUCAUCUUGUCUUUAUGUAAAUUGGAAUCCCUUUUGAGCAGCAGCUCAUCCUGGUGUGUGUGAAGUGCCAUUUCUGUGAACGGCACAGAUGAGCAGCAAUAACAGUCUGUCUUCUGGGCUGCCUGGGUGGGCUGUGAGGUUGGGGCUUGAUAGAGGGGCUGUUUUUCGGCUGUGUUGCCUUCUGGCUGGCAAACUCGGGCUGAUGACUUAGAGAGCUGAGAUGUGACAUUAGAAGUCAUAAAAAUGUUAAGUCCUGUCUUUAGAUUGGUUCAAGUGCCAACAGCCCAAGUUUACGGGUCAGUGGGAGAACUUUGUUCUUCUCUGUGGCAAACACAACAGCACUUAAAAUCAUACUUGCCUCCCAUGAUCCUCCCUAGGGCAAAUCUCCUUUAUGAAGGGGUUUGGAGGUGUUCAGUACAGGAGGGAACUCUGUAGCAGGAAGUGGGAAGGUUCUGUUUCUUCAGACCUACAGCUGUGUGCCACAUGUGGAUGGUUGCCAGAUUGUUUUUCUACAUAAUAGGACAAACAUUUUCCUGUUCUGCAACUUCAGUGCCUCAGGGAAAAAAAAACAAACCAGCAAAUAAAGCAGGUCAGGGUAUGUAUAAGACAGCACCUAGGAUCUUUAGUAAAACUAGGAAAAUAUCCCCAAAACAGUCACACUGAUUGGCCUUAGGAGGGUUCUGGAUGACCUGAGGCACAUGGCAGCAACAAAAGCAAGCUUAGUGCCCAGGGAAGAGAAUAAUUCUGUUGGUUUUAAGGUGCUGCCAUUUAAUCCUGAAAACAGUUCUGUAUUGAGAUGGUGUAGUGCUGCUCUAACACCUCCAGAGACCUGUGCUCACACCUGUAGUGUUAAAUAUUUAAUGAAUGAAACUUCAGCGGACUCCUGGAGAUGUCUGUUGGAUGCCAUGCUGGACAGUACAAGUUGCAGUUUUUUCUGCACCACAGAAAAGAUGGCAUGCUUGGAGAAAGUUAAGAAAAUGUGAGAAAAUGGUAUGCUGGCCACAUGAACCAGAACUGGCUGACAGCUCAGGAGCUUGUUGCUGGUAGAAGGAAACUCUCCUUGGUGAAAUGGCAAUAUAAAUAAUUUAUAUGCAGGAGAGGGGAUACUAAAGUACAGCUUUCUCUCUCUACACAUUCUUGCUUUCUCUUCUUCACUCAAGUGUUUAUUCCCAAGGAAGAAGGUGAGUGUCACCUGAUAGAGAAGAUUUCACAUUUCUUAGACCCAAGAGUGGGUCAUUUAUUGAUUCUGGAAAUUCCUCAGCCUCUCUUACCUCAUCACCUCUCCGGACAAGAGGAGCAGAUUUGCUAAUUACAACAUGAACAAGAAAAUUUCAGACUCUUUCUCCCUGUUCAGUAAAUCGCAGACAAUUCCCACCGACUGCAGCUUUGAAUGGUAGUAGAAUAUAAACAACAAAUUAUUUCCUUGCUGAGUCCAGGCAGCUGGUUCUCAUAUAUGUAUGAAGGCUUGAAUCCUGACUACAGCUUCCAGCAGGGUUGUGUGUUUAUGCUGUGGAAUUUCUGAGCCAUAGCAGACUGUGGGUGUUUGUAUGCAUUUCAUUAACCCAGAGAGGUCACAAAGCAUGGAUGCUAUUUGUAUUUAUUCUAUUCAAGCAGUUUAUGGAACAGGGUCUAUAUAAUUAAACCAGAGAAGUCCCUUGGCACUUUACAAGCUUCUGUAGUUCGGCUGUAAACUUUAAAAACAUAAUUCAGUAGCACUGCUGGUGGCAUUUAAUUUUAAGUGAGGGAUACAGUAGGAACUCCUGUAAUGUAACCCCUUCAAAGCUAAAUGAAGAUGAAAGAUGUGCUUGGUUUUCCUGGCCAAGGUGUGCUGUUACUAUAGUGGUGCUUAUUAUCUACCUGCUGGAUGUGUCCAGCCAGUUUGCAUUAAUUGGGAUUGCAGCUCCAGUGAAAGGGUUAAUCACAGUGCUGUGCUGGGAAUGCCAAUGACUGCAUCUAUAAAUGAGCACUGAAUUCCAAUGAAACCAUACCAGUAUUUAUUGGUGAUCCCUAUCGGUGCAACAGAUGAGCUCAUCAGCUUGAAGGAUGUCCCAGUGAUGUUCAGCCCCUCUGUGAGUGCG